AUGAGAACUCCAACACCAACUACUGCAAUAGCUAGACUUUCACUAACUAAUCAACAUCUUCAACAAUCUCGUACAAGUGGUUCUACCACAACUACAUCAACAUCGCCAGCCCCGGAUUCACAAACCACCAUAAAAACCACCGCAAAAGCGCCCUUGGUGAUCCCCACUGGUCAGGGUACCAAAUACACCGCCACAUAUGCCAAUUAUGCCACUACCGAGUCAGGUAAAAUCAUGUCUUAUUUCCACGAUAUCCCCCUUGAUUUAGACCCCCGUACAAGAGAAGCCAAUUUUGUUUGUGAAAUACCACGUUGGUCAAAUGCCAAAUUUGAAAUUGCGACAAGGGUGCCGGGAAACCCCAUUAUUCAAGAUACCAAAAAUGGUAAAGUACGAUUUGUUAAAAAUUUAUUUCCUUAUCAUGGAUAUAUUCACAAUUAUGGUGCGUUCCCACAAACUUGGGAAGAUCCAUUUGUACAACACUACAACUUGUACGGUGAUAAUGACCCUUUGGAUGUGUGUGAAAUUGGAUCUAAUGUGUUGUCAACUGGAUCAGUGAAACGGGUGAAGAUUCUUGGAUCAUUGGCGUUAAUCGAUGAUGGAGAAAUGGAUUGGAAAGUAAUUGUGAUUGAUACCGAGGACGAAUUGGCACUGCGAGUCAAUGACGUAAACGAUGUUGUACAAUUGUGUCCUGGGUUAUUGGAAGCUACAAAACAAUGGUUUAGAGAUUACAAGUUGGCUGAUGGUAAACCCGCCAAUGCAUUUGCGUUUGAUGGCCAGUUCAAGUCGGCUAAAGAGACUGUUGAAAUCGUUCAACAGUGUAAUACCAGUUGGCGCAACUUGGUUGAUGGUAAAGUUACCAAACAUGAUGCAAAAUUACCCAGUAUUACCAACACUACCUUGAAGAAUACUCCUGGGUUUGUAAAUGAUUUUGAAAUCAAAUUGACUAAAUCUAGUGAACCCGAUGGAGACAUUCCCGUCAACACCCACAAGAACUACUAUUUCAAAAACUAA